AUGUAUUCAUUAUCAAAAUUUGUUGAUGUUGCAUAUGUAUUCCCUGCUACAGAAGUAAAAAAAAAGGUUGAACCUAGUCCAAAUCAAAUUACUUUAUCAUGUUUACAAAUAAACCAGAAAGUUUGGAAUCGGCACCCUUUAUCACUCGGAGCUAACCAUCAUCCUCUUUGCAAACCAGAAACUCGUUCCUUCAUCUUCAUCCCACAUACUCCCUUCACCGCUACCCAACAAUCACCGCAACAAAAUGGUGAAAAUGGAGAACAAAUUCGAAGUCCCGUAAUCCAAAAGAAAUCGGCUUUGAUGGAAUCAAAUAACCAAAACUUGGCUUCUCUUAUCAGUCCUAGGUUUAAAUCCACUGCUGCUACGGUUGGUUGGGAUGAAGAAGCACUUUUUCUUGCAGCUCUCAUUGUUGAAGAUACCCCAGAUCGUGAUUCCAAACAAAAGAAACGUCUUGUUUUGAGUUCCAAAUCGCCGCUCUCCCCAUCAGCAAACCGCUUCAACGCUCAACAACAAACUUCUGUCGUUAACUCACUUUGUUCUACACUAACCUCACACUUUCCUAUCUCUGCGACUCGAUAA